AUGGUGUUUACCAAGGACUCUCUGCCUCAGUGGUUUGCUGUGUUUGGGGUGUGCUACGAGUGGGUUUCCGAUCAAGGCACCCAUUUCAAGAACCAGGUCAUGACUGACCUGCAGCAUGUCCUUGGCGCCCACCACCAUUUCACCACUGAUCGCUGUCCAUGGGCUAAUGGGACCGCCGAGGUGGUUAUGAGUCAGCUUCUACGCCUGUUUCGGGCAUGCCUCAGUGAGUGGCGCAUGGCGACGACCCAAUGGAAUCAGAUCCACAUGGUAGUCAUGCUCAUCAUGAACCGGCUGCGCUCCCCAUCCCUUGGCGGCGUGGCCCCCGUGACCGCUAUGUCCGGCCGUCCAGCUAUGUCACCCUUGGACACCAUCAUUCUUCCUGGGUCUCUCAAGUCUGCUACGUUGGCGGAGAUCGAGUCAAUGCAACGUGCCAACAUCAACCGAGCACGUGAACCCAUGGAUGCUAUGCACAAGGAGAUGAAUGCGACAAAUUCGUUGAAGCGUGACCGAGCCUGCAAGACCCAUAACAAGAAGCGAGGCAUGCAAAUGGGCCAAUUCGUUGUUGGAUAUUACAUGUUCUAUCAAGAUGUGUGGCAGCACCAUCGUGCCAAGUUGCGGACCACAUGGUGCGGCCCUGCUGUUGUGACAGCUGUGGCCAAACCAUGGAACAAGGGACUUCAAUGCGGUAAAAGUGUCAUGCUCUCAUCGUCGGAUCUUGCUGCUCUCGUUCGACGACGACGCUCCAUGUCAUUGCGCCGUCGACUGCUGUACAUGGAACAACUCUUUGCCACCAUUGAGCGACCGAUUAUCCCGGACAUUAGAUUCGACAUUUCAAGCCUGAACAACACGGACGCAAUUCUCAAGUUCCGUUUCGACGUGUGUGGUAUUCAAAAGCUGACCACGUUGCUCAAAGUGCCUGGUGUAUUCAUAACCUCGUCAUUGGAUCGUUGUCAUGCUGCCGAGGCCUUGUGCAUUGUUCUGUUCCGGCUCUCCUACCCCCGGCGAUACAUCGACAUGGUGGACUUGUUUGGCAGAUCCCGCGAGUCGCUUUGCCGUAUCUUCAAUGGCAUGGUGGACUCUUUGUACGACACGUGGAAGCAGCUCAUUUACUUUUCACGCGCUGUGGCUCUCUCGCGCCUUGACGACUACAAAUCGGCCAUUAUUUCAAAGGGAUCCCCCGUGACCAGCAUCUUUGCAUUCAUUGACGGGUCGAAAAUUCAAACAUGCCGCAUCACUCAAUCGCCUGGCUUGGAAGCGACCCCCGACUUACAGCGCUACAUUUACAGUGGACACAAGCGGAUGCAUUGCCUGAACUUUCAGGCUUUGACUGCGCCUGACGGCUUGUGCAUUCACUUCUGGGGACCCAUCGAAGGCAGCCGCCAUGACACGACACUACUGCGCGAAAGUGAGCUUCUCGCCUAUUUGGACAAACAUAUCGCGGAUUUUGGUGGCUCAUACAUCUAUGGGGACCCGGCCUACGGCUGCAUUCCAUGGAUAAUGUCUGGAUUCAAAGGCAAGCAAAUCAGUCAACAACAACGAGCGUUCAACGGUGCCAUGAGCCGUGUGAGAUUGGCCGUUGAGUGGUCGUUUGGACGAAUGAAGACACUUUGGCCAGCCAUCACGUUUAAAAUGCAGCAAAAGAUCAUGCUCCAAAAUGUUGGCAAGCUCGUACUUCAACUUGGAGCCACCUAG